AAGAAGAGAUCUAAACCACAUCGCAAAGGAAAUUAAACCCUUUCUGUUCUCUCUCUCUCUCUCCCUCCCUCUCUCAAAAAUUAACAAGAAAAUGGACAUUGUCAAGCCACUUAAUGGCAGCAUAAAGAGAUACUGGAGGAGGAAGAAGUACAAGCGGCUUCAUGCCGAGGUCGCGCACCAGAAGAGAGUGCAAGUCAUGAGGUUCGGUAGAGGCAGCUCACGACGGUUUUGGAAGAUCAGGAUCGUCCCGAAGCUGCAGUGGAGGAUUCCUUCUCCUUUGAAGCUGCUCACGAGGCUGAGGAAUGCUUAUGUUAAGAUGAUGUUCAGCUUGGCCGGUAACGUCGGGUCAUUGAACACGAACAGUGUUUUCGGGGCCAAGAGGAUUCCCAAGGCAAGGCAGGCCCCAGUGGUUUACUCAGCCGACGAAAUUGAGAAUAGGCUGGUUUAUGAGAUUUACUUGGCCUUGAAAGCUUCCCGGGACUUAGCAGUAGCUCCUAUGUCCUAGAAGGAAUAUAUUUAAUUUCAGCCUCUCUCUCUCUCUCUCUCUCUCUCUCUCUCUACGUACAUAUAUUCUGUUUAUAUAUGUAUGCUUAGACGAUCAAGUGUUCAAUUAUAAUUUUUCCCUCAUAUAACAUAUAUAUAUUUGUCCCUUAAUUCUCGUGAUACAUCUUAUUCUUUGCCCUGAAGAAAAUUCAUACUUAGAGUUUGCUUCUGAGAAAAUCUCAAGAAAGCCAUGACUGUUUUCUAUGGUCUGUGUUCCUGUAAUAUAUAUAUAUAUACACACACAGUAUGUCUCAAUCCCCACAAGAAAUUGAGGUUAAAUCUUAUAAAUUUAGUUGGCGUUAUGUAA